AGCCAAUCCGCGUCGAGGUGUCGUCACAUGACGCAAACAGGAAGCGCUGGCUGGAUACAUCGAUUAUUGAUCUCUAUGAGAAGACGAAAUUACUGCUGUUUCAUCGCUGUUACCAUGGCAGUAAUUAUCUUUAUCAUGUUCUUGUUUGGAAUCAUCAGCUCGCACACGAGUGUGGCAUCCAGAUCUAAAAGUGACUUUAAGAUUUCAGGGAAGGUGCUGUAUAAACUGGACCUCUCGUGGCCCAAACACCCCGAGUAUUUCACCGGUCAGGUGUUUGGAGUGGCUGUCAAUCAUCUUGCUGGUUUAGUGUAUGUGUCACAGAGAGGUGAUAAUGUUCCUAAAGUGUUAGUGUUCAGUACGGACGGAGAGUUCCUGCAAGCGUGGAAUACCAGCACACUGGAGAUGCCUCAUGGGAUUUUCCUGGCCAACGCUUCAUCCGACCCCUCAGUGUGGAUCACAGACGUCGGGAAUGGUCCGUACGGUCACACUAUAAAGCAGUAUUCCCCGUCGGGAAAGCUGCUGCAGGUUUUAGGAUCUCCAGGGAAAGCGGGAUCAUCUCUCAGUCCACUUCAGUUCGACCAGCCAGCAGAAAUAUUCAUCCACACUUCUGGAGAAAUCUAUAUAGUGGAUGGAGACGGCGGCUUGAACAACCGCCUCAUUAAACUGUCUAAAGAUCUGCAGGUGUUGUGGAUGCACGGAGAGAAAGGACAGGGACUCGCUCAGUUCUACAUCCCUCACAGUGUGGCCGUCGACAACUACCAGAGAGUGUGGGUAGCAGACAGAGGGAAUAAGCGCAUUCAGGUGUUUAAUUCAGUGACAGGUGAUUGGCUCGGAUCCUGGGGAAGCUGUUUUAAAGAAGACGCUCCGUAUUCUGUCAGAUUCACACCUGACCAGAAGUACAUGGUGGUGGCGCAGUUAAACACCAAUCAGAUCACACUGCUGGAAGCGCCACCUGUUGGCAUCAUCGGUCAGUGUCAUGUGAUCGGCAUGAUACAGUUGGCAGAAGACAUCAAGCCUCACCUGGUGGAUCUGGACCAGAGGAGCGGAGAUCUGUAUGUGGCUGAAAUUGGUGCCAGUCAGGCCCAGAAGUUUGUACCUGUAACACCUGUGAGUGUUUAAAAAUCACCUUAAGAACUAGACCGCACUGAGUCUAAUCAUUUAAAGAAGUACAGUAAGAAGAGAUUAAAAAAAAACCUGUUAAACUUGAGAUGUUUGUAACGGGUUUAGCUUGAGAAUAACUGUGUGCCGCACUUACCAGUCAAAACACUUUAUUCUACAAUCAGAGUGUAAUCAAAGUUUAAUUUGAGAUGCUUGAUUCUCACUCUGCAUAAAAGAAUCAUAGAAGGUCUUUGUUUUUCACUGCGUGUGUAUGUGUUCUCUAGAAAGUUGAUUUUAUACAUAUUGUCGCAUUGUUGAUUUUUACAUGGUUUGCAUUUUGCUGAUGGUGAUGUAAACAUGAUGUUUGAAUGAAACUGUGAUUGUUUAUACAGUAGUUAUUGUUGUUUAUCCUGUUGUUGUGCAAUGGUACAUGUAUUCAGACUUCAUGAGGUAUCUAUAUGAUCAAUUAAACUGUGUCUGUCUGUCUGUCUCGAUAGCGUUAUUCUAUUUUUACCCCGAAGACUUUUCCCAUCAGGCCCACUUGUUGAUGAAGUUGAAUAGGCCUGAUAUAAAGACAUUUUAAAGACUGAGGUUUCUUGUAUAUCUUGAAUGCGUUGAGAAGUUUACAGUGUUUGUUUGUGGUGUUGAUUGAUCAUAUGAAUGAUGCAGAACUGGUUUAAUAAUCAGUAAGUUUAUUGGCUUAUUUUAUUGUCUUUGACUGGUGAAAUCAAGUCAUUAUAGAUGAUAUGUGAAUAUAUUCCACAUAAAGUCUCAUUUGUGUUUAUAUAGCACUUUUGAAUUGCAGCAGAGUAAAACGAUCUGAAUGUGUAUUUAAAUAAAGACAUUUGUUCCAUU